AUGUCGGAUCGCGCCCCUUCGACAUCCUUCCCAGUCGCACCUCCUUCACCCUCCUCACCAGCUGCCGAAUCUCUGAAAGAGAAUCGCCAGCUUCCACUCGUCUCGGAUCAUAUUCCCCAGACUCCGACGUCUCCUCCGUUGAUGUCGGUCAGCGAUCAAAGCCAUGUCUCCAACUUUGCAUCCUCCCAGGCAUCACCGAACCAGGCUAUUACCCACCCAAACACCUCCUCCCCUCCCUCAUCUACCCCGAUGUCAACCCAGGUCUCUCAGCAACCGACAAUGAGCACUACGAAUUCUUUCCCUACACCUGCGAGCAGCGUCAGUGGUCACCCUACACAACCGACCUCAGCGGAUGACGUGGACCGCAAGUCAUUUAACCCAGGCAUGCAAGAUACAACAAGGAAUAUGGAUUCACAACAGGUCUCAGAGCACAGACGAACAGAUCACGAACGGCAACCUCUCACCUCCGCCCCGGAAUCUGAAGUACGCGACUUCGCCACUGGUACUGCGACAGAUAGUGACGCCAUGGAUUUGGAUAAAGACCAGCCUACCAACCGAAAUCUUGGGCUAGAAUCCCUUCAGAAUGAUUUAACUUCGGCUUUCCAUCUUUGCAAAAGCUCACCCUUUGUGACUGGUCCGGAUCCUUCAUUGGAUCUCAUUUCCCUUUAUGGGCUCGGCUCGGUUGCUCAAUCGGUAGCAAGGAUAGACCCCAUAACGGGCGAGAAGAUCAAUCGGUUAAGAAAGUCUUAUGAGGGCAAGCUGAAGGGACUAGGACUAGCAGGCCGAAACAAGCCCGUGAAACAAGAACCAGGAGCGCCUGGUAGUCUACGACACCUUACAAUGUGGCCCGAGGAAGAAUGGCAGAACCAGAAGGUCUUCGGCAAGCAGAUUAAGGUUGCAGAUCUUGAUUCAGCGCUUCACGGCCUUCAGACCCAAGCUAUGAAAAUGGAACCUGGACCGGUACCCGGCAAUGACUUCUGGGAGGAUGUAUUGGGUCAUGAGAAGCCAGUCAAGAACCCACCCCCUGGUGAUAGCACCAAGAAAGCUGCACCCACACCUGGUGGGCGGCCAUCUGCCCAAGGUACUAUGUCUGCUUCAACGCCUCAUGAUCGGGAUCAUGCACGGCCUAGUCGCGGACGGAAGAGACAUUAUGAUGAUAAUAGCUUCGUUGGUUACGGUGAAGGAUUCGCUGAUGACGAUGAUGACCCCGGCUUCUACUCCAAUGGCGAGGGAACCGGGAAAAAGAAACGCAAGAAGGAUCACGUUUCGAAGGUCUCAACCCCUCUCUCUGAACGUGGUAGCGGCUACGGAUCCGUUGGUAUGUUCGGAAUCGGCGCGAGAUAA